GACGGGAAAAUGAAGUCCGGCUCUUUACCCGUGCAGGUUCUGGUGGGUGUUUAUAGAUCCUUCCGCCGAUAGGUACUCUUUGGCGUAAUGGGUCAUCCAAGCUCUCUCUUCCGUCUCUAUCCAUCCUCGCUUCUCCAUUAACCGCCCCGGCCGGACACCUUCUCUCCUCCGGAGUCACUGAGGGAGCAGGACGGGCCGCGGGGGGUCCGGGAAAGGGCGGGGUCACCGGUGGGGGCGCGGAGGGAGCCUGGUAACAGGAAAGCAAGAUGGCGGCUGCGUAGACUCUGGGAAGAACCGACUCUGAAGGAGGAAAACAACAAUAAUAAGAGGGCUGGCUGGGGUGGUUUACCUGCCCGUGCUCGGGGACAUGGUGGAGUUGGAGGUGUGUGGAGAUUUGGGGGGCCCUGUCCCUCACUAUUAACCAGUCACAAACCAGUGUGAACACCAGUCAAUAUGGGGUUAAUACAGGGUUAAUGGGGAAUAUGGGGUUAAUACAGGGUUAAUGGGGAAUAUGGGGCUAAUACAGGGUUAAUGGGGCUAAUACAGGGUUUAUGGGGCUAAUACAGGGUUAGUAGGGUAUAUGGGGUUAAUACAGGGUUAAUAGGGAAUAUGGGGUUAAUACAGGGUUAAUGGGUAUAUGGGGUUAAUACAGGGUUAAUAGGGAAUAUGGGGUUAAUACAGGGUUAAUAGGGAAUAUGGGGUUAAUACAGGGUUAAUGGGAAUAUGGGGUUAAUACAGGGUUAAUGGGAAUAUGGGGUUAAUACAGGGUUAAUAGGGUGGGUGAGGGUGUCUGUUAACCUGUGAUUAUGAGGAACCUCCAAAUAUUGCCUUAAAUAUAGCCUGGCCAUGUGGGGGGAGGUAAAUAUUCAUGUUUUGGUAUAAUGGAGGUCAGUACACCAGUAGUGACAGCAUGGCUGCUGUAAAUUAUCUUGGAUUGAUAUCAUCAUCAUCAAAAAAAAACAAAACCCUGUAAUCAGCAUAGGACAGACACACACGGUCUGCGUCCGGUAUUUAUAUUUACGGCCACACGUAAACAUCCAGCAAUAUUAGAGCAUGGAAGGAUUAAAACAACAAAUUUAUUGUGCGAUCAGAACCGCAUUUUCGGGGGAAAAAAAUUGCUUUGUGUUUGGUUCCAUAGAAUAAAUAUAUAUUUUUUAAUACAGGUGAGGGUAGUGAGUUUUUAAAACGCUUUGUGCUUGACCGUAUGGUACUCGGAGGAGCGAUAUAUUUUCCAUCGGUUCCGGCUGACCUAUGUAGGUAUUGGUUUCUUCCAACAGCUACGUAAUGAUAAACCAGUUCUGGUUCUACAUGGAGCGUUAUGCUUGGUGAUGUCCGUGGGUUAAUCUAAAUUUAGCCAAGGGCCAGAUGUCUGUUUAAGGCCUCCUGGCAACGAACAGGUUAAGAGUUAGUGGCCGUUCUUUCAGGAUAUUGUCGAACAUUAGGCUACGUCACAGUGUAUGAGACUGACUAGAUAGAUAAAAUUAAUAUAGAGCUUAUAAUAGCACGUAGGCAGCAGGAGGUAGUCUAUUCAAUAGGAGGAAAUGUUUUUUUGUUUUGUGUUUUGUUUCCUCUCUCUUUCUACACAAUCUGAACUCAGCCCUACUCUUAUUUAUUACGCAGGUUUGAACAUCCAGGAAGCUGCUGACCUCUUGACAUCUGUGGGAUUCUGGGUUAAUAUCGUAGAAACCAGUAUUUGCCAGGUUUGGCUAUUGGUGUCAGGGCCAUUGCCAUAUUAAAGAUCCCUCUCUACCCACACUCUGCAGAUAUUGGCUUGAAGGAUGGUGCUGUGACCAAAGUCUUUACCCCUCCCAUUGGAUUUACAAUACAUGUUUGUGUAAACGGUGACUCAGUUUAGGACAUGGAGUCUGAAGAUUUCAUUCCUCCCCCAGAAUGUCCUGUUUUUGAACCAACCUGGGAAGAAUUUGCAGAUCCAUUGGGAUAUAUUGCUAGGAUUAGGCCUAUCGCUGAGAAAUCUGGGAUAUGUAAAAUCCGCCCUCCAGUGGUGAGUAUAAUCUCUAUCUGAAACCUACAUUUGCCAUUGGGAUGGUAGAAGCCACCAUCACCCUUUAAAAUAACAGUUCAUUAUAUGAAAAUUUCCAUAUGUUAAGUCAUAUAACCUGUUUUCCACGGAAACUGGCCUAGCUAAAUAAACCAAAUGUUGCAUUUCUUUUUGUGUCCAUGACAUCAUUUCUAGUUACUCCUUGCCAAAUGUGUUGUAUGUCCCUUCCAUUUUUUUUUUGUAUUUUAAACCAAGCCUUGAAUGGAGAAAUAAUUAUUAGCAACAUGGCUCCCAGGAAGUGCUUUUGUUCCCUGCCCCCACCCAUCUUCCCUUUAGUUUUCUAAGAAUCUUCCAUUGCUCUGCUGUAAAGAAUGUAAAACUCCCACAUAUAUGGUUACACUUCGUGAUAUACGGACUUUUAUAAGUGACUUAUUUUUCUACAUUUACAUUUUUGAUUCUUUUGAGAGCCUUUGUGUCUAAUUUGUCUUUGGUUUGGAUUAAAUAUUUUUUUUUUUUUGGAAUAGUUCUUGACUCACUCCACAAAAUAUCCACCUUCUUUACUUGAUGGUGCCAUAAAUAGUGUGUGUAAAUAGGAAAUUUGGGCAGGAAGCAAGUAGCCAUUUAAUUUUUAGGCUACUUAUUUGUUGGAUUACACGUGAGAUGACAAGGCUUCUGUUGACCGUAGGAAAAAAACUGGUUGAACGAGGAGGAGCUGGACGUAACCAAACACAACUCUACCAUCCCCCCCUGUUGCCACCAAGCACUCACUCAGUGUGCAACAUGACUGCUGAGUGAGAAUCUUUUGUCUAUGCAACAGCAGGAGGGGCAGACCGAGAACUGUACUUUGGACUUUGACAUCCAGAGAGGCACAAAUAGUCCUGUCUCAUGGGUUUACUGUAGGGCUAUCUAACUACAACAAACCCAAUGGGUCUAUGAAACAUGUCUUUAUAGAGCUAGAACUGAAUGGAAAUUCAAUAAGAAUUAAACUAUCCGCAGACCAGCACAUGAACAAUAAUUUAGCCCUCCUACGAUAAUCGACUGGCAUAGAACUUUUGUACACACUCUGAAUAAAACAAACAUUAUAUGACCCACUGAGCAUUGUGCUAUGUGUUAUCGUCAGAACAUGGCAUGUUUUUGACCAUUAAAGGCCACGUUUUAAAUAUGGCCAUUUUUUUUUCUUUUUUUUUUUUGAACACUUUCCAAGCUUAAUCUGUACAUACAUGUAAAUAAAGUUGCUUUGAUUUCAUGCCUUCCACUGCUUCUACUGACUUUUUUUUAUUUUUAUUUAUUUACCCUUUUUUUUAGAUUUUUAUUUUUCUCGUUCACAAUUCUUCUUAUAAGCCCCCCCCCCCCUGUUAGUAACUAGGCAACAUUUGGUUUUGUUUUUCUUCAGUCAUUUUGUUCCCAGGAGUAUAAAAUAGAAUAGGAUGUGAUCCUGCAUUCCUCUAUGGAGUUUUAUUAAUGUAUGUUGGUAUACAGGUUUUAACAGGCCAAGGCUGCGUUAAGCCACAUAAGAACUAAAGCCCCUCCCUCUGAUGAGACAGCAGUGAUGAACUGUCCAUUAUCCAGUUUAUCAUCUCACACGUAAGCAGUGAAAUUUGAAGAGCUGCUCUUUGUUUUUCACUGUAGCUCAGGGCUGUGGGCCUAGUGCAACAUACAGGCUGUAUAUAUAGGUUGCAUUGUUCUCUACACAGAAAGGGGGUCCUGCUGCACAGUUAAUCUAGUUUGAUCUUUUAUAAGAAUAUUUUAUACACGAAGAUAGUAAAUUUCCAGAUUUCAUAAAAAUGUUAUCUUACAUAUGUUCUGUUUAAUGUAUUGGGGGGGGGGGAACAGCUUAAACGUUUUCAUUUGUGGAGAGGGUAAACUGAGUAAUUGCGAGUUUUAGCUGUUUAUCGAACAGCAUUACAAAUACGUAUACUUUAUGUUGGCUCUCAUCAAUAUCUUCUGAAUUGGCAUUUGUUGUAACCCCUUACUGUAGGAAUCUUCAUUUCACUGUCAAAAUCCUCAUUUUUAUCACUGAUACCUUAUGGAAGACAAGAGUUACACGGUUGUGGGAUUUUUAGUUCUACUCAGAUUAGUUGGUGUGGGUAGUCUGGCACAAAUGUAUCUGCCAGUGCAUCUUGUUAAAGGAACACUUCAAGCACCAUCACUACUACAGCCUGCUGAGGUGGUUAAGGUGCCAUGGCAAUGUCCAAGUGUAACUCCUAAAACGGUUUUGGAACAGGUUUCACUGGUCGUCUGUGUGCUAGCCUGCUUCUGUAUCCUCCUGAAGAAGAAUGCGGUUAACUUUGAGCUAAGCAGGGCCACACUCAUUGGCUGAGAGCAUCAGCAAACCGCACUCUGCUAAUGAACACAUUCCGGUAUGGGCGGUGUUUAGCUGCAGAGAGGCAUUUGGCUUCACCUACAGGAGAAGAAUAGAUGUAUUGUGAACACCAUGGAGACCAAUGUAAGUUGUCAAACUAUUCUAAAACUGCUUGACAGAUCACACUGUAAUGGCACCAUGGUACUCUUAGAACCAUAACCACUAUAGCGGGCUGUAGUGUCUAUGGUUCUUGGAGUCUUUCUUUUAAUGUUAAAUGGGCACCAUAAUCACUACUGCUUAUUGUAGUAUUUUUGGUGCAAUUACCUCGAUUUAGUGUCAAGCAGAUUGAAGAAAAUAUAGGCUAUCCUUCAGGUCAAACCCUCUGCUGUUGAAUGGCUAAUGCCGAAGUGGACUUCCUCCUUAGCCAGUCCAACCUAGUUGAUAACCUGAGAACUAGUGGCAGCUUAGUUCAGAGAGUAUAAUUGCUGCCUAAAUUUUAAAUAUGAAGAUGAGAACUAGUCCUUUUAGAAAAUAUGACUACUAAGAAAGUUGGAGAUAUCUACUACAAAAGCACAGUAUUCUUUCCAAUGUAAUUUAUGAAGUGCAACGGCCUGUGAAACAGCAUUGUAGCCUUAAAGGUGAAAACUCCUUCAGUGACUCACCUGAGACCCGCCGAUGUCCAUCGGCGGGGCUUUCUUCUUGCUGCCGCUCCUCCCAGUCAUCACGUCAGUGGGCGAGACUGAUCCCGCCCACCAGCCGGGGAGACCUGAUGCCAUUGCCGCGCAUUCCCCUAUGGGGAAUUGAGCGACGCUGGAGGUCCUCACACAGCGUGAGGACGUCCAGCGACGCUCUAGCACAGGUUUUCUGUGCUAUAGAGCAGGAAGCGCUCUCUAGUGGCUAUCUAGUAGACAGUCACUGGAGGUGGAGUUAACAUUGCAAGGUAAUUAUUACAGUUUAUAAACUGCAAUAAUUACACUUGCAGGGUUAAGGGUAGUGGAGUUGGCACCCAGACCACUCCAAUGGGCAGAAGUGGUCUGGUUGCUUGGAGUGUCCCUUUAAUAAUAAAAGUUUCUGUUUAGAUUGUAAAAGCUUGAGCCAGGUCAUCAGGCCCCCAUUUAAAUUCGUCCCAUAAUAUUUGUUUAAAAAUUGAGAAGCAAGAGAGCUUUACUGUAGAGGCGAGUCCAGUGUAAGCUCUUCAAAUGUAUAGAAGUCUGUGUUGAGACUAUGCGGGAUAAAACAUUAGGAGAGCCAGUAAACCUGUGUAUGGAGUAGAGAAUAUUUACAAUUUUUCUUUUGUCAUUGUCUAAUGAAUGGGAACCAAGCUGGAAGAGAGGAUUGCCCAGCAAUGGAUGGCAUAAAAACUGAAUACCCAUUGCUAAAUUCUGGGCUGGUGUAGGUUUGCCUAUUAAGAAGUCAAGCACAAAACCGUAUAGCGAUGGGAGUUUUUAGUCCUAGAUUUUGGACUGAUUAAAUUCCCCCACAAAAGUUGGCUGCUGGCAUUUUUUAAAGAAAAGGCUUUUAUUUAUUCAUAUUUUAAAUCAAAUAUUGCUUUCUUGUACAUCCGUAAAAGAUUGGAUUAACUUGUUUGAAUGUUUUCUUUGUGGAAGAGGAGCACUGUAAGACUGGAGAAGAUGCAGUAAUUUUGGAGAUAUGAUAGUUGUUGAUUACACCUGUUCAAGUAAGAAAGCUGGGUAAACCAACCCAAUUCAGUAGUUUAAAAAUUCUUUAACCCGUAGAUGUAGCAGAUUAUUUAAACACUCAAUUAUUUAAGAUCUCAAUUGGACCAGAAGAAAAGGAAGGUGAUAUACCAGUCUCACUGAGCAAGCUAGAGAGAUGCUUUGUCUUACUGUGACUUAUCCUAAAAAAUGACACCAACUAGAAUUGACUAUAUAGAAAACAAUUGAGGUAUGACUUGAUCUGGAUUGGAGUAGAAAAUAAAUCGUGGUAUGGCACCUAUUUAUCUUUGGAAUAAUCUCCAGGAUUAUAAUCAGCAAUGCUUGAUGUCAAGGAUGUUAUUGUAUAGGGUAGUUUUAAUUGGAGUGAUAUUUUAAUAAUCUGACUGAACCCACCAAGGCUUGGAAUUUCAACAUAUUUAUUGAAACACCAUUCUAGAUGAACAUUAUAUGUGUCGGGAAACUCCAGUUUCCUAAAUAAAAUAUGUAGUAGGAGACCUUUUGCAGGUCUAAUAUUUACGGGACAAUGGUCCGAUAUGGCUUUUAAGUUUUAUUCUUCUCACUAUAUGUAAUGGGGAGUUUGAAAGUAACGUGGUCAGUUUGGCAGAAUGUGUAUGUGUCAGAGAAAAAGAUGACAUGCUGUCAAAUGGAUGUAUCUCCAAGAGUCUAUCAAAUAUUGGACCACAAAUGAGAAGUCCUGGUGGCAUGAGUCCCAAGAAUGUGACCUGUCCACUACUGGAUUGCGAAUCAUGUAGAAAUCCUCUUGUAAUAUCUCAUUAUGUUCAUUUUCUACUGAGAGAAUUUAUUUCUUUAACGAUCUGAAAUGAAAGAAAAGUUAGAAUAUGCUGCAUAUACACAAAGUAUCUACCCCUUCAAGGUUUGUGUAACGGAAAUAUAUCUGUGUAUUAAAAAUGUUGAUUUGACUCCUUACCAUGGUACAAUUUUUUUGGAACUGUAACCAAUACAGGGUACUGUUGUGCCCCCUUUUAACCAAAAUAAGUAAAAAAACAAACCCAAAUCUGCAUUAUUUUAGUGGGCCAAUAAAAGAAGUCAUCUGAAAGUAUGGAACAUAGGAUAAGGAGAGGAAUGUGGUUGGUGGAUUCAGUUAAAGAUCUCAGGACUGUGACUGGUUUAUUUUAUUUUUAGAUCCACAUUGACCUUCUUUUGGGUAUUGCAACAGUGAGUGGUGUCAGUUAAGUGUAUCCUUAUCCUGGUUGGAUAGAGAACAUUUUCUUAGGACAUCUGUAUAAAGCAGAUUUUAGGGAAAGGUUGCCCUUCUCUUUCAUUUUAUUUUUUUUGUAAACGAGUUGAGUGAAAAAUAGUUGUGGAACAUUUAGAGUCCUGAUAAUUGAACUCUGUUAAAACAUCUGUGAGGCUGUAGUGUUUCAGAUUUACCUGCAAAGUUUGGAGUCUUCAUUAUCUUGAUGGUUGUGUGUUCAGUCUGUGCUUCUCUAUGCGUAUUUUUGAAAAACUAAACAUUUUGGGAGUCUUCAGAGAAAAGUGUGAAACUUGGUCCCUGGUGUUGCUUAUUACUGUUGAAACAUUGAGCUCCCCUACAUACUCAGAUUAAGUUUAGAGGGAUUUGCACAGAUAAUGUGGAGGUGAAAAACAGACUUCGUGCUGAUAGAACCUCAUUAAGCUGUAAUGCUUACGAUACUAGUAUCUCUUUAACUUAGUCAAUUCGCUCAAGGAUAAGGAAAAAUAUUAUGUUCUUACCAUCUGUUGGUUUGCUAUAUGACUUUUACAUGCAUCGCUAUGGCUGCCUAUAAAUUCAAUUACCCUUCCUAUGUGUUUAAGAUGAACUCCUAAUUGGGUAUUAAAGCAAAUUUAGAAACCUUUAUGGUGUUUAUCAUAUAAAUAUUUCCAGAGAAUGUGCUUCCUUUGACUGUCUGGAUCAUUGCAUUUUCAAAUGCGACAUCAGCGUGUUCGCAGUGUAUUUUCUAUGACUCAGUUUAUCAUUCUAUUUAACCCCACCUGACGCCUGAGCUGAGAGGAAAACGCCUGAUGUCUUUUUCUUUUUCUCCUUCUUUUUUUGGUCUCAGAAGUGUGAUACCAAAUAUGUGAAGUGUGUCAGAAUAUAUCUUGCAUCUCUGGAGAUAUUCAAUAUUAUUUAUCUGCAAUUUACAUUUGCACAACCUCUCUUUUAUUAUGUAUUCUUCACCAUUCAGUGUGGUUACUGAAGAUUUUUGUUUCUUAAAGUGGUGUUGAAAUUUAAUCUUAAUUAUCACAGUAUUACUUAGAAGAUCAUGAACUGUACUAUAUCCUACCUGCUAUAAAAAUGGAGAGCAAAUGUACAAUUUUAAUUUGCAGAUGUCACUGUCAACACUUGGGUAAAAAAAUACUGCAUUUUACCUCCCACAAUCCUCAGUGGGGCAUCUACCAAUGCCUCUCAUACACCUCCAUACUAGGUCUUGUGGGAUUCUGAAAUUUGCGUUUGGAGGGGCGUAGAUGUACUUGCAUCCUCUGAGACCACAUGACACACACCUGGGUUCUGUUAAGCAAAGUGUGGAUUUAUUUUUCUGUUUUGCCACUGGGGUCUGGUGGUUUUUUUUUUUUCAAGAGAAAAAAGUAUUUGAACUCCGAUGUCUCUGGACACUUCAUCAGAGAUCCUAUCAAGGGUAAACAUAUAUGUGAAGUGGUCGGAGUGCAUUUCCCCUGUCAUUUUAUCCCUGCGGUGCAAAUAAUUACCCUUUUUAUUCAAGUCUGCAACUGCUAUCUCUGCCCCUGUCUGCUGACAUCAGAAGUUAUUCUGUGAGCCAAUCACCAUGCUUCCCCACUGAGACUGAAGGAGGCAGAUCAGGGGCAGAGCUAGCACAAGUAGAACACAGCCCUGGCCAAUCAGCAUCUCCUCAUAGAGAUGAAUUGAAUCAAUUAAUCUCUAUGAGGAACGUUCAGUGUCUGCAUGCAGAGGGAGGAGACUCUGAAUGUUUGGAUGCAUUUUAGGCAGCCAUGACCCAGGAAGGAUCUCUAACAGCCAUCUGAGGAGUGGCCAGUGAAGUUAUCACUAGGCUGUAAUGUAAACACUGCAUUUCUUCUGAAAAGACAGUGUUUAUAGCAAAAAGCCUGAAGGUAAUGAUUCUACUCACCAGAACAAAUUCAAUAAGCUGUAGUUGUUCUGGUGACUAUAGUGUCCCUUUAAGUAAUGUUAAUGGAGUAGGACUGGGCUGUGGGGAGAGCUUUGUAUCUGUGCUGGAACAGUGGGGAGCAUUAGUUCAGGUUUUUGUGGUGUGGCCUGGCCAAAAUUCUGUAUUUUCAGCAGUAUCGGCCAAUAAGAUACUGAUAAUGCAGACCAGGGCUGCCAUCAGGGUCCGGGGGGAGGAGGGGGAAGAGAGGGUCCAGCACACUCUUCCUUACCUUCCCAGCAGCUCCCCUGUCUAACUCUCGCGUGUCCUGCAGCCGUCAGAGCGUUGCCACGGGUUACCAUGGCAAUGCGCUGCACACAGGCCGUGAGAGUUAGACAGGGGAGCUGAAGGGAGCUGCUGGGAAGGUAAGUAAGUGUUGCUCGGCCCCCUCUGCACCAUCCACACCACCAGGGAAUGCCAUAUCCCCCUCGCUGGCCAGGUAAGAAGCAAGGAGGGGGAGACUAAAACAAUUUUAAAAAAUUUAAAUAUGGAAAAAAAGUAAAAUCAUUUACACACUUAACAUACCCUCUGCAUUCAAUAUAUAUAUAAUAUAAUCACACACUGCAUUCACUAAUAAAAUACUCACUGCAUCCACUACACACACAUUUUUAAAAACAAACAAUUCUGACUGGCAUGUAUAUUUCAUGCAUUUACCUUAAUGAAUAGGAUUCGCAAAAAAAUAAACAUGUUCAGUUAACGGUAGAUUUGUGUAGAAAUAGUGUGUUUUUUUUUUUUUUUUUUUUAAAUGAUGUACAAAGUAUCGGUAAGUUAUCGGCCUGAAAGUUCGGAGUAUCGGCUCUAAACAAAAAAAAAAUCAAUAUUGGUCGAUCCCUAAAAAGAAGUUUGUGUCUUGACAAAUGAGGUUGAUCCCAUUGGGAGUAAGCUAUGUGCAUAUUACAGGACAUGUUUACAAUAGCAAAUGGUAUGUCUUGUACUGAGCGGCCAGCAUGUUCAUAUGGAGGAAAAAGUGAAUUUUUAUCAGUGAUAUGUGGUGAUUGGCCCAUUUGGUAAUGAAUUUUAAUGUUAAUAUUUCGGGUAGUAAUUCUCCUUCGGUGCUAAUCGUGUAAUGUUACGUGACAUUGUAUCCUAACGGAGUUGUGCUGAUUAGACCUAGCAGAGGCACAGCUCUGUGUGGCGGUUUCAGAGCACUGAACACGAGGGAUGAGACCUUCCCAUGGGCAAAAUGGUGAACAUGCAUUAUUUAAAAAACAAAAGAAAUCUGGUUCUGGAUUGUACUGUCUUGCUCUGCAGGAUCAGAUAGUGAGAUAAUGUAACCCAAGAGGUCCAUCAACCUGUAUUCUAAUUCUCUGUAAUAUUCCUUUCAGAUUUCUACCAAGGCAUGCUUGUAUGUAUAUUUUUAACCUUCAGCAGCAGCUUAUAAAUAUUUGGUGAUAUGCGUACCUCUAGCCAAACUGACUAGUUUUACUUCCUAGAUGGGAAUCCCAAUUUUAACGCUGACCGUAAUUUAAAAUACAUUGUUAGGGGUUGCAUUCAACCAAUUGAAGUUUUGUAAAUGCAUUUUUGGCUUUAAGAUUGUUGCUGUAAAUGUUGCCAGAGCAAGCACAUCUAAUUCUAGUUCCAGUUGAUAUAAUGUUGGCAUUAUAACUGAUGGAACAGAUCAAAACAACAAAUCUACAGUCAGUGAUUAUUAACACUUUGAUUAGGGCCCACACCUUGGUACUCAAAACUUUAUUUUUUAAUUUUUUUUUAUUUCUUUCAGUGGCUGUUGUUUGGAACAGGCACAUCACAUUUAUUGUGGACUGUCACUUGAGCAUUUCCUUCUACUGGAAGCAUCUAAUGAACGCCAUUUUGUUAAAUGUUAACAUAAAUAGUCUAGAGCUGAAGAAUGUAUCACUGCUUUGAGUUUAUAAUUGAGGAAUUGCAGCCUGCGAGGAGAAUCCGGUUAGCGACACUGAGCUGUGAAGGGCCCCUUUACCAAAGUAUUAUUUCGUUUUGCGUAAUAAUGCCCCUUGUAACCAAUAUUGUGAUCACUUCAUCAAUUACACCUGUUUGACAUUGAACCUCUAACAAAUAAAAUAAGAAAUGACAAUACCAUUCUAGUCACUGGCACAUUGCGAGAUUGUGCUGUCAUUAAAUAAGACUCUUAAACUAGAUGUGCUGAUCGAUUUGUAAGCUAUGUCUAUGCUUCAGUGUUUUCCCAUUUCUACCUCCAUUUAGGCGGCUACUAGAUUUGUAUAAAAGUUACCUCUGAAUCACUGAUUUCCACCCAGUGAAGAUAUUAUUGGGGUAUAUUAGGGCAAAGGCAUUGCUAUUAAAAGGACACUAUAGUCUCUAGAACAACUACAGCUUAUUUUAGUUCUGGUGAGUAUAAUCAGUCCCCGCAGGCUUUUUUGCAGUAAAAAGAGGCAGUGUUUACAUUACAGCAUAUGGACACCUCCAGUGGCCACUCCUCGAAUAUCUACUAGAGUUGCUUCCUGGAGCUGUCACUGACAUUCAGUGUCUCCACCGUCUGCAUGGAGACACUAAAAUUUCUUAACAGAUGCAUUGAUUCAAUACAUAUCUAUGAGGCGAUGCUGAUAGGCCAUGGUGGUGUUUGGCUCCGCACCCGACCUGCCUCCUUGCCGGAGAUAAUCAGAAUUGAUCAUUUCUGCCAAUCCAAUGCUUUCCUAUGGAAAGCAUUGUGAUUGGCUUAGAUCAGUGUGUGUGUAUACACACACACGUGCCAGGGGGCUGGAUAGUGUUUUUAAUACUAUAGGGUCAUGAAUACAUGUUCUUUAAGAAAAUGGUUUGCAAGGAUCUGCAGAUAACCAUAAUGCAUUUAGGUCUGCUUUUAUUACUGGCACACAACAUAUUUACCACCACAAAAUAGGGUUGUCUCAGCCUUGUUUUUAGACUUCUUGCUAACUUCUUUAUCUCUUUUAGGACUGGCAGCCCCCAUUUGCUGUAGAAGUAGACAAUUUUCGUUUCACACCACGUAUUCAGAGGCUCAAUGAGUUGGAGGUAAGUAAACUCUUGGAUGAACUUAAUGUCUUAUUUGCCUGCCCCAUUGACCUCCACACUGGAACCAAUUAUUGCUGAAGAACUCUGAAUAGUAUGUUCAAGUUGGCCAUGAUUUCCUAGCAACUCAAAUUGCAUUUUGAGGAUCCCAGAAUCUUUUCUCAGUUCAGGCUUGUUUAAUGAGGACUAUGCAAGCCAAGCUCUAUAAUGCGCUUCAUUUAUGUCUGAAUCUGCCAGGUUCUGCCCUGCUGAUGAGCCUGGAAAGCUGCAUAUACGUUUAGAACUGUGGGAUCAAGUUUCUGUAUUUUCUACUAUAUAUUAUACUAUAGUUUCUUGUUUGCUUUGUGGUGAACCAGCAUUUCAAGCCUCUAUUUUGCCAGAUCAGUCUCAAAUGUCUGCAAAUGUUAUCACUGAACAUCUGAUCUAAAGUUACCCCUUUGCUGUUUAAGGUGAUGAGUGAACUGGAGCAGAGUCUGACACAGUAUAUCAAUUUAGAAUAUGUUGGCCUAAAUGACAGGGUGCUGUUUCACAUAAUUUUCUUCCUACUGGUAGUAAAUAGUGUACAGGACUGUUACAUAGGUACAUAUCAAAAUAGUCCUCAAGUUCAGCCUUCCUCACAUAUGUUUUUGCUGUUGGUUUUGUUUUGUCGUACGGUUACAGGUUUUGAUAAGCUAUACUUUCCCACAGCUAUAUUGUACACCCUUAGCCAUUUGUCUGUUUAAUGAUCAGCCCUCUCCUUACCCCAGCUACACUUUUUUUUUUUUUUGGUGGUGAGAUGGGGUAGGAAAUUAACAUUUUAGCUGACAAGACAGUCUGUGUACUGCAGUACCAGAGACUGCUUUCCCCGCUUCUCUUGCACUCCAGAACACUGUAUUAAUGCAGACAAUGAGUGAAUGAAUGUUCUAUCACUAGCUUUCAAUGUGGUCAGUCAGGAUGCUGCGUGGAAAUGCAUAGACUGCCUCCUCCUUACUAAUAACACAGAUAAUGGUGCAGGCUCCUCACUGCUAAAUGUGGAACUGGCAAGGGGGGUUAGUCUGUCAAAGGGAGGUAUUUUGGUCCUUAUGAAAAAAUGAAUCAAAAUGUGUGUGCUUUAACUCCCAGUGUUCUCACCAUGCUGAUUGGACUCUUUGGGUUUAGCAAUCCCCACCUUAACUUGUUUGUUUUCUAUACCCACUGUAAAGUGCUGUCUCUAUAGAUCUGCACUCCAAAUUACAGGGAGGAACUCUAUUGGCCACUGUUAGGACAAUAACCAAAAUAAGGGAACAAAGCUGAUCAAAAUGAGAUCUCCCUGUUUUUGUUUGUUUUUGUUUGUGUAACAUGUAGACCUGGCUAGUAGCACAUUAUGAGCCAUGAUGGCUCAGAACAUGCUACUAGCCAGGUCUACAAGUUACUCACCACUACAAAGUACACAAUGAAAUGGACAAGGCAAGCGCAUGCACAAACUCCAUAACUCUCAAACUCCAUUUGCAGUCUUUAAAGACUUGGAAAGUUAGAAUGUAGAAGAUGCUGAUAAUUCAUAGCUAUAUAAGCAGUGAGGCUCCAUACAGACAGUGGGAAUCUCUAAUUCACAUGCCAGGAUUUUAUUUUCAUUGCCAAUACCUUGUGGGUGGGGAUUUUGAUCCAUGCUUACAUUUUGCUACAUGAUCCUCUUAACCUCUACUGUUGUAUUUCAAAUACCAGGCAGAAACCAGAGUCAAGUUAAAUUACUUGGACCAAAUUGCCAAAUUUUGGGAGAUCCAGGGAUCCUCUCUGAAAAUCCCAAAUGUGGAGCGCAGAAUCCUUGACUUGUACGCCCUAAAUAAGGUAAGUUAUGUUAUAGAAGCCAGAUCUCAGAAUUGCCUUGUGUAGAUGUGCAAGGAAAGAACAGCUGAUGGAUCGGAAUUACACAGAAAUUACUGAAGGAUGACAAAGAUGUGUGUGGAAUGCAGAAUUGGGUGGAAACUCAAGUCUUCAAGGGAAUACAUGGUCAACAAAUGGGGGGAAAAUGUACACCUACCUAUUACUAGCAAAUACGUUUGAAUUUUAGAAUUCUGGCUUUGGCUCUAAAUCCCUAGACAUUGUAAUUUCUCCAGUUGACUCUUACCCGGAAAGGACUUAGUCCGGUCCAAUCCUCCUUCUCAUUUUACCUUCUCUAACAGUUCUUAGCAUAUCCUAUACAUUUCUGCACCUCACUUCUUCAUCGGCACAACAUGUUUUUCUGUCAGAAAUUCAGCUCCCAGAAAUAUCUGUGAUGACAUCUGUACAGCUGUAUUAUUAAAGCAAACAGGGAAAACCUGCAUGUUGGGAGGGAGGGGAGAAGAUGGUGGGCUUAGUGUACUAUAGUUGCAAAAACACAUUUUAAAUGGACACUAAUCACCAUUACUACAGUGUAUUCUGGUGAGUAGAAUCGUUCCCUUCAGGCUUUUUUGUUAAAAAACACUUUUCAGAGAAAAUGCAAUGUUUACAUUACAGCCUAGGGAUACCUCCACUCCUCAGAUGGCUGCUAGAGGUGCUUCCUGGGGCAGUGCUGCACAGUGUGACUGACAUUCAAUAUCUCCACCUUCUGCAUGGAGACAUUGAACUUUCCUCAUAGAGAUGCAGUGAUUCAAUUCAUGUGUCUGAGGAGAUGCUGAUUGGCCGGGGCUGUGUUUGAUUUGUGCUGGCUCUGUCCCUGAUCUGCAUCCUUGACCGUAUCAGCCAAUUCUAUGGGAAAUCAUUGUGAUUGGCUCAGAGAAUCACUUCUGAUGAUGUCAGCCAAGCAGGAAGAUCAGAAGCAGAGCCAGCAGCAGAAAAUUGCAAUAAAGGUAAGAUUUUGCUAUAUUUAGGGGGAAUAGGGGAGAGGACGGGGGGGCUAGAUGGUGGUUUUAACACUCGGGUCAGGAAUACAUGUUUGUGUUCCUGACCCUAUAGUGUUCCUUUAACUGUAAACAUACAGUACACACUGAGGAUCAUAUGGUCAUCUGGAGGGCCCUUUAAGAUUAUUCUAAUCUAUUUAUUUCUCAUUCAGAUUGUACAGGAUGAAGGUGGUUAUGAGCUAAUUAGCAGAGAGCGGAGGUGGGCCCGUGUGGCACAACGUAUGGGAUACCCCUCAGGGAAAAACCUUGGCUCACUGUUGCGUUCACACUAUGAGCGUAUCAUAUACCCAUUCUACAUGUACCAAUCCGGAGCUAAUAUGGUGGUAAGGAACUUUAAAACGUGAGAGAUUUAAGAAAAGCACUUCCUAAACUGGAAUUGGUAAGGGAUGCAGUUAGAAAUCUCACCUAUCAGUGGUUUUUUUUUUUUGUCACUACAGGACUAUGCGAAAAAACCUCGUUUUGACAAUGAGGAGAAGGAUAAGGAGUAUAAGCCACACAGUAUCCCACUAAGGCAGUCUGUGCAGCCUUCAAAAAUUACCAGUUAUGGGCGACGAGCCAAACGCCUUACCCAAGAGGUGAACCUUUUUUAAUUCUCUUUAUAUUAUAUUAUAUAUUUUAUUUCUUUCCAUAUUGAGAUUUUAAUUUUUUUUUUUUUGAGUGAAUCACAUGACACUUUUCGUGUACUUUCUUUUCUUUCAAGUGCAUCUUCAUACUAGUUUAAUGUUUGUUUGUGUGCCAAGCGCGUGCCGUAGGUGUGCUGAUGAGGACUGUUUGUUUUUCAUGCCAUGUAACAGCAUUUCUUCAGGAUGGUGUGUUAAGGAGGCUGCAGGGCAUUCUGUACAAUAAGCCUGUUUUCCAGGCACUGCCAACUCACUUGUUUGAUUUUUUUUUUUUUUUUUUUUUCAUGUUCUUGUCAUCUCAUGCAGGAUCCUGACAGCUCAGAUCCUGCCUCUCACAGCUCUCCUCUACCCCCUGAAACAUCACCACCCUGGGUAUACAGGACUGUGUGUUUUUUCUACUUGUGCCCUUUCGCAGACUCAACUUUGUACCUGUUCCUCUGUUUUCUUUCUGUUCUCAUUUCAUAUUUCGUUGUAGGAAGUUUAGGACAGUAGGGGUUUGUGUGUGUUUAUGUUGUCCUUGAAUUAUGCAUGUUACAUUGACCACACUAAUUCAUAAAACAUAAGCCAGUCAGUGUUUGUGUUCUUCCUGCCUCUUUACAUAGUUCUGUUUCUUCUCUACCAAUUUCCAAUGCUUUUCCAUAUUCUUUUGUCCUAUAUGGAUACAUUUUAAAAACGUUUUGAGUGAUAUUUUCAAAACCUAGCCUUUUCUCAUCAUUCUCUUCUGAUUCCAUUAGCCGGAACCCACAGAAGAAGACAUCGAGAAGAACCCAGAGUUGAAGAAACUUCAGAUCUAUGGUGCUGGUCCCAAAAUGAUGGGGUUAGGGCUGAUGGCAAAAGACAAGAAUCUGCGCAAGAAAGGUAAUCAGCACUUAUCACAAAUUUGUGAGCAAGGGCUGGAAUGAUUUAAAGUGUGACACAAUUUACAGAUUAAAUAUAAGCUGUGUAGUUUAGGACUGAGACAUUUCUGGAUGCAAAGACUUAAAGGGACACUAUAGUCACCUGAACAACUUUAGCUUAAUGAAGCAGUUUUGGUGUAUAGAACAUGCCCCUGCAGCCUCACUUUUCAAUCCUCUGCCAUUUAGGAGUUAAAUCCCUUUGUUUAUGAACCCUAGUAACACCUCCCUGCAUGUGACUUGCACAGCAUUCCAUAAACACUUCCUGUAAAGAGAGCCCUAUUUAGGCUUUCUUUAUUGCAAGUUCUGUUUAAUUAAGAUUUUCUUAUCCCCUGCUAUGUUAAUAGUUUGCUAGACCCUGCAAGCCUCCUGUAUGUGAUUAAAGUUCAAUUUAAAGAUUGAGAUACAAUUAUUUAAGGUAAAUUACAUCUGUUUGAAAGUGAAACCAUUUUAUUUAUUUAUUUAUUUAAAUGCAGGCUCCAUCAAUCAUAGCCAGGGGAGGUGUGGCUAGGGCUGCAUAAACAGAAACAAAGUGAUUUAACGCCUAAAUGACAUUGAAUUGAGCAGUGAAAUUGCAGGGGAAUGAUCUAUACACUAAAACUGCUUUAUUUAGCUAAAGUAAUUUAGGUGACUAUAGUGUUCCUUUAAGGUCACAAGAUAGAGGUUUAAAACCGAAUACUUGGUGAGGGUGUCAGCACUUGGCAGUUCUUUGGCACACUUUGAGAUACUAAGCAUGCAUAUUUCCCAUACUUUCUUUAGAGAGUGACAUCCCAGAGUGUCCACCAACUCUUGUGGUUAAAGAGGAGGUUGGGGUGGACAUACGCGGAGAACCUGGGGAAAUUUAUACACCUAUAAAGAGAGAGCGACCCCUCAGCCCUGAGCCUUGCACGAAGAUGACCAUGAGACUGCGGAGAUAUAACAGCAGUACCCAGUUUGUAAGUUAGUCAUGUUUCACACCAUCCUAAUUCUAUUUUGCGGUUUAACUUCUUGUUUGAUUUACCUCUCUCAUGGUGCCCAUGCUGUUUCAGGUGGAGUCCUAUGUUUGUCGUAUCUGUUCCCGUGGGGAUGACGAUGACCGAUUGCUGCUGUGUGAUGGCUGCGAUGAUAACUACCAUACAUUCUGCCUCCUUCCCCCUCUUGCUGAACCACCAAAGGGAAUCUGGCACUGCCCCAAAUGCGUCAUGGCGGUAUGUUGCAGAACCCAACUUUGAGAAACUGUGCUUGCAAACCACCAUCACUGAUCAUUUUACUCACUGUUAUCGUCUGAUAACUUUUCUCUUUCAACAGGAGUGUAAGCGUCCUCCUGAAGCAUUUGGAUUUGAACAAGCUACUCGGGAGUACACUUUGCAAAGCUUCGGCGAGAUGGCAGACUCUUUUAAGGCAGACUACUUUAACAUGCCAGUUCAUGUGAGUGUCAUAUCACAACCUACUCCUCAGGAACAUACGUAAUACUUAAUAAUUAUUCAGGGUUCUUUAUCUGAUGCUAGAGGGAAUGAUUUGUCUUCUCCAGUUUGCUCUAUUAUUGCUCUUACCAGGUCAUUGCAAUGCUUUCUGCUCUUUUUGUAGAUGGUCCCUACAGAGCUUGUAGAGAAGGAGUUCUGGAGGUUAGUGAAUAGUAUAGAAGAAGAUGUCACGGUGCAGUAUGGUGCCGACAUCCACUCAAAAGAGUUUGGAAGUGGCUUCCCGAUGAUGGAUGGCAAAAAUGAACUUACUCCAGAGGAACAGGUUGGUUCUCCUUUAUCACAUCUCUUCCUGUGUCCUUUUAUUGGUUUUAUAUCCGCUUCCAACUCAUUGCGUGUCUGCUUCCUUUAUCUCUCAGGCGUACGCAACAAGUGGCUGGAAUCUGAACGUAAUGCCAGUACUAGAGCAGUCAGUGCUAUGCCACAUAAAUGCUGACAUAUCUGGCAUGAAGGUACCCUGGCUAUACGUGGGCAUGGUAUUCUCUGCCUUUUGUUGGCACAUUGAGGAUCACUGGAGCUAUUCUAUUAACUACCUCCACUGGUUAGUGUCAAUGUUAUUCUCUCUGCACGUGAUAUAUCAUCUUAUCAAUGUAUGUUUAUAGUCUGUGAUUGAGAAUUUACCAGUGCAUGCUGCUGUAUGGACGUUUACAGCACACAAUGCACUUUCUGUAAGAUAUAACCGAGUUGGUAAAUCGUUUGUUUGCUGUGACUAUAUCUAUAAAGGCUGUCAUAUCAUAUUUAUUCAGAUAAUAGAAACACAGUAAAUGGCUACUCACAUGUGUAGGUGCUAUUUAAAUUAAAAAAAACAAACAACAAAAAACCCUUACAAAAUUCCUUGAUGUACGAAACACUGUGGUGUUGGAGGGGCAACUAGGGGCCAGGAACUGCUCAAGAGAGUAAGACAAGAAAAAUCAACACAACCACCAGUAAGAAAAUUAGCAGUGUGUUAUCUCCAUUGUCCUAUACGCAGCUUUCACCUAUGUUUUUGAGUAACCAUUUACUGUUUGAGUUUAUAUUGUAUUGCUUGCUUUAUAGGUAUGUAGAUUUUUUUAUACAAGUGCUGGUGAGAGAUGAAUUGAUCAUAGCCGCUUUUGAAGCCCCAGAGGUUGCGGCAUAGAACUACUUUUUGGAUUCUAAUUAAAAGUAGAACUAAUAGUCCAAAUUAUUGGUAAUUUUUAUAAAGGGAGCACCCACCUAUAUGUCCAGGACCCAGUGCACAUGGUGUAAAUGUUUAUGGUUAUCAUUCAGUUUUUUUAUUGCACUUGCAGUGCCUCUUUGAAUAUGUCUCUAAUUUGCAAAUUUCAUGGAAAAUCACUAGCCCAGGUAGUUUUUUUUUACUUUUGUUAGGAUACUGUUUUGUUUUUUGCAUUGAGACAUCAUUUGAAAUAUGGCAGCUUUUGAGCUGCAUCUUUGUUCCCUCUGUGGCUACUAGACAUUGUUCAUUGAUGCACAUUGUCUGUUGUAGCCCAUUAUAGGUGCACAUGCCAGGUGUGAUGGUGUGUUUUUUUUUUGUUUUUUUUUUUGUUUUUUUUUUGUAGAUCCCUUGUGUCAUGUUGGUGUAUAUCUUUGCAUGUGUUCCAUAAAAUGGAAUUCCAUUCUCCUUUUUUCAUCUCCUUACAAUGUACAGGGGGGAGCCCAAGACGUGGUAUGGUGUUCCUUCUUCAGCAGCAGAACAACUUGAAGGUGUAAUGAAGAGGUUAACCCCAGAGCUGUUUGAGAGCCAGCCAGACCUCUUGCAUCAGUUGGUGACCCUCAUGAACCCCAAUACUCUCAUGUCACAUGGAGUUCCUGUAAGUACACUUAUUCUGUAGUUUAAUUGGUUUAAGUCUACUUGCUACUUUUUUGUUGCACUCUCUAUUUGCUACACUGGCUGCAUUUUUGGGUGAUUUCUGGUUUUCCUGUUUUCUUGCUAUUCCAUAGUUUUAUUCCUGUUUCUCUUGCAGGUUGUGCGGACCAAUCAAUGUGCAGGAGAGUUUGUCAUCACGUUUCCAAGAGCAUACCACAGUGGUUUUAACCAGGGCUACAACUUUGCUGAAGCAGUCAACUUCUGCACAGCCGAUUGGGUGAGUCUACUUCAAGUAUCUCAGAAAGUGAUUAUCAAGCAGAACGUUUUAAUCAUUGGGUGGAGCGCUAGAAUAAUCAAAUGUUUGCUUACCCCUUACUAAGAAGUUUUAUAUAUUCUUGAUGUGGGGUAAUAUGAAAAAAAACUAAAAAAGAACAGAACAAAUCUAGUGCAGAUGGUUCUUAAAAGGAACUAAGUGUAAAAUAGAUAUAAGUAGACACACUCACAAUCACAAGCCUGAGGAUAAGGCUCUAUAAUAAUGCAGAUGUGCUUUUUAGGCAGCACCCCACUUUCUUGGAUAGGUGAGGAUCUCAAAAUAAACAAGACAAAAGAUUAUGGUGCAGUAUGUCUGGAUGUAUCAUGGAUCUAAAAUCACUUUAAGAUGGGGACUCUUACCUUAUUGAGAGCCCAUAUGUGCCUUGGCUCUCGGGUAUAAAUGCCUGGUGUCAAAUUGCAAGGUGACACUCUCCUAACUGGAACCUGGAAUAGGAUUUACUGCCAGAUACUACUGAAAUUCCACUAUUUAUCUUCACUUUGUCUGUAGUCCGUCGCCCUGACCCUCACUCGGAGGGUGGGGGACCGGACUUAGUAUGGUACCGCCUACAGCACAUUUCGAUCAGGAGAUGAAGCGUCCCAUAUUCCUGCGGGAUGCAAACUAGAGGGAUAGGGUACCUGGGCCAGGGAUGUGGAGCUAACCCUGGUUUACCACAUAGCAUCCACGUGCACACGUAUUCAGCUUUGACGGGAAUGUCUUUGACCCGUCAUCCAGACAAGAAAUUAUUUGGUUUCUACAUUCUUGUUUUUGAUGUUGUAAAAGCCAUAAAGUUGCUAAGCUCAUGAUCUUUUUCGAUAUUAUGUACACCAAAUGUGCUGUCUUGACUGCCAUAUCAGAGUCUGUGAUGGUACGCCUGUAUUUAAUGUUAUGGCGAUGCAAACGGAUGUAUUCAUGUGCGCACAAAUAAAAUAAAGAAUUAAAAAAAAAAAAAGAGAAAUUCCACUAUUUAUUCAACAUUUAAAAACAAAAACUAUAUUUUGUAUACAUAUAAAAACAAAAGAACUUAUCAGUGCAGAGUCCAUUUAAACAGCCAUAUUGGUUAUAUAUCGAUAUCUGGAACUUAGAAGAUAUCACAGCCAACUGAAGCUCAUACAGCGAAACGCGUUUUGGCACUUAAGGACUCCAUGACAGACUGAUAAAUUCUCUUUUAUUUGUUUUGAACCCAAGUGCUUUCUAUUUGUUUACAUCAUUUGGAUGGUUUGUCAGACAAAAGCUUGGUAAAUUAAAAAGUACCCAGAUUUGUGGAUCCGUAAGAAGAAUAAAUUUUUUUUAAACCAAUUCAUGUCUAUUGACUUUAAAUUACUGUGCGUCAACUGAUAACACUUUUUAGCAAACUUUGUUGUUUUUGUUUGUAUGGCAGAGAUCUUUGUUCAGUCAUAACCUUUGAUUGGAUGUGUCGUUAGGAGUGCCUUGGUCCACUGAGAUCUAACCUAUGUGGUUUAGAGAUGCAAGGAUGAUAUCCCAUCUGAUAUGCCAUCUCAGGAAUUGCCAUUACUGUGUCAAACUAAUGCAUAUAUUGAUGCCAAGCUGUCUCUCUCACCCCUCUAGCUAAUGGCAGGCAGAAAAUGCAUUGAGCAUUAUCGACGGCUGAGGCGGUACUGUGUUUUCUCACACGAGGAACUGAUGUGCAAAAUGGCUGCCUGUCCCGAGAGACUGGACUUGAGCUUGGCUGCCGCUGUCCAUAAAGAGAUGUUUCUGCUGGUACAGGAGGAGCGCAGACUUCGCAAAGCGCUGCUUGAGAGAGGCAUUACAGAGGCAGAGAGAGAAGCCUUUGAGCUGCUCCCUGAUGACGAAAGACAAUGCCAGAUAUGCAAAACCACAUGCUUCCUUUCUGCAUUGGCAUGCUAUGACUGUCCGCAGGGCCUUGUGUGUUUAUACCACAUAGAGGACUUAUGCCAGUGCCCACCAGCUCGUCAGUUUCUCAGGUUAGUUGUGCCUCCAUGGCUGGAAACUUGGAGUUGCUGAGUAACUUUGCAAACAUACAACAUAAUGGUAGGUCCGAAAGAAUUGCCAAUUUUUUCCUUUAGAUUUCUAUAUCUGGAUGACACCUCUCAUGCUCUCUGCAGGUACCGUUACACUCUUGAUGAGCUGCCAGCCAUGUUACACAGACUAAAAGGGCGAGCAGAAUCUUUUGACUCUUGGGCUAGUAAAGUACGGAAGGCAUUAGAUGUAGAGGAUGGUGGAAAGAUAGGUAAGCACUCUACAUUUACUUACAAAGGCAUGUGCACACAUCCAUCUGCUGCAACUGUCCUGUGUAAAAGCAAAGCCACCUAUGGAGAGGUGGUGUUAUCCAUCAUAAGAGUUGUUCUGUAACUGUUUGGGGUCUUCCUGCUUUAAUUCACUAGAAUCAGUUGGAGUCAUCUUCUUUGCUGUUCAUUAUGUUUCUCUUUUUUUUUUUUUUUUUCUCUCACAUGUUUCCUGCUUCUCACUCAGUCGUUUUUUUUUUUUGUUUUUGUUUUUUUUGUUCUUAGACCUGAAGGAGUUAGAAGUUCUUGAGGCAGAAGCCUCUGAGAAAAAAUUCAUAGGGAAUGAAAUGCUUCAAAAAUUAAAAGGUGUAAUCAAAGAAGCCAAGCUCUGCGUAGAGGAGGCACAGAUUCUGCUGAGUGACUCAAAGCCUGCAAGGUCUGUAUUGUAUGUCUGAACAAGCUGUUGUAGGCUUUCAGGGCUGCUCUCUGUAUAUCCAGUUAUGUGUCUGCAUGCUUUCAGCCCUGCAGAUUGUUUACGUGGUGGUUUACAAAUAUUGGGCAAACUCCUUUGGGAAUCUGUAAGACACUGAGCGUGUUUGCAAGCCUCCCAAUGUACUAGAUCAGGGGGUAGACAGCCAUCGGCACUCCAGAUAUUGAGGACUACAUCUCCAAUAAUGCUGACGACAAAGUAUUAGUGGAGAUGCACUCAACAACAUUUGAAGUGCAGAAGAUUGUCUACUCCUGCACUAGAUUUUCAUUGUUGUGUUUUUUUUUUUGUUUUUUUUUUCAGCCAGUCCUCUAGAUUGUAAGCUCAUUUUAGCAGGGUCCUCAUCAAGCUAUUGCUCCAGUAACCUGCUGUAAUCCCCCUCUCUAAUAUUGCAAAGCGCGUUGGAAUACGUUAGUGCUAUAUAAAUGCCAGUACUAAUAAAGCGUGUUGGGGGUGCCAUAGCCUCACUCCCAGUGCAGUUCUCAUCUGCACUAUAUGUCUGGGAGGUCAUACUUUAAGGAUAUUUUGUUGUUUUGCCUCUUUCUCGUGUUGGAAUGGUAUUCUGCCAUGGUAACGAUUUACAAUAGUUUUACUCCAGAAUAAGUUUAUGGUCAAAACAAUUUAUGCAACUAUCAAGAUAAACACACAACAACUAUAACUUCUACAGCUUGCUGUUGUGGUUAUGGUGACCUCCCAGAUAGAACCCUUUUUUUUUUUUUUUUGCCUUGUUUAACAUUUAUCUAUGUCUGACUGGGGGCUACUGACACAUCACUUCUUCUCAAAACAGGAGAAGCUAGCUGUCCGUUUGGGCAAUGCAAGAGCAUCCAGUGUCAAAUCAUGCUAAAACAGUUUAGACCGAGAUCUCCUGAAGGGUGCCGGGGCACUCCUGUCACCAUAGGCACUUUUAUGCUUAUCAUGCACUUAAAUAGACUCUGAGAAUAAUCAAUUAUUUGGCCACUGAUUCAUAUUUUUUUUUAUUAAAUGGGUAAUUUUGAUCUUGAUGUCAUUGUGAAAGACAUUCUGUUUGUUUGAAUUUGGACAGUUUUAACCAAAUCAGUAAAACCUUCCAAACUGUAUUCCCUUGUUAUGUUUUGUAUUUAUUUUUCCACUUAUAUUCUCUUUGACUACUUAUGAUGCACCUUCAUGCCUUGCCAUCUUGCAAUCUGCUUUUCAUUUAUGCCUUUAUUUUUUCCCUUUACUAGUAGCGGUACAGCAGUAACCUCUUUGGAUAGUUUAAACAAGCUUGUACAGCGUAUUCAAGCCCUACCAUGUCCACUAGAACAGCUCCCUCGGCUCCAGGUAAUCUACAUUUCAAAUCUACCAUACCAUUUAUUUAUUUUUUGUAGAUCUAUUUCAGAUGAUUUAUAUGAUUUUGCUUAUCCUCUAUUCCUUUGCUCAGGACCUGCAGGAACAGGCACUAUCCUUGCAGGAGGAAGCACAAAAGUGUUUGCAGUCCCUUCCAGACAGCGCCUCUCAACUUCAGGAUAUGUUGGAACAGUGCCGAGCAUUCCCAGUAGAACUUCCUGAAACCGGACAAUUAGAAAAGCAACUGCGUCAGGGUGACUGGCUGACAAGUGUACGGGCAGCGCUUGGUGCAGGGAGGUCAAGUACACUUCAGGAGAUGCUUUCACUGCUUCAAGAAGCAAUAGAUGUGGCAGAGAGUCCUGCGGUGGAGAAGGCACGCAGCGAACUGCAAGAGCUCAUCUCGAUAGCACUGAGGUGGGAAGAGAAGGCGAAGAUGUGCCUAGAGGCCAGGUGAGUUUGGAUUUAUUUUUUAAAUUUUUAUUUUUUUAAUUUUUACACUUUUUAAUGCUUUUACAACUCCCUAUUCUACUUGCGACCUUUCGUUUUAGUUUUUUUUUUUUUUAAAUCGGUUUGCAGGCAGAAACAUCCUCCUGCCACUCUAGAGGCCAUUAUAAAAGAAUCAGAGAACAUCCCUGUUCAGCUUCCGAAUACUCUGAGCUUGAAGGAAGCGCUCUGCAAAGCCAGGGCGUGGAGCGCUGAUGUGGAGGAAAUACAGGUAAGCAGUCCUUUCUUGGUGGUGGAAGUAGGAAGCGUAGAUACUUUGUUCUUGAUAUGCCGACUACUUGUGAAUUAUCUUUUUAUUUGUAAAACUCUACCCAACCUCUCAGUUCGAGUUAGCUGGACUUUUUAAUGUCUUGUUAGGACGUGCUUUUCUCCUCUCUACUUUGAGCUAGCUAUGGUAACUAUUUGUACCAGCAUGUAUCAUAUAUUGCCAAGGACAUCCAAGUUCAAACCUUACGCUGGUGGUUCAUGGCCUUCUUGCUCUGCGCUGGGAGAGAAGUCCUGUAUAAAAGUUAAUUGGUGUGUUUCUAUAAAUGAUCACUCUUUGAUAUAUUGAGGAAGGUGGCAAUUCCUACCCAGCCUGUUUGGUAUAUUUACACAAUUUAUAGCUUGUACAGCACCAGUAAAUAUUUUGAUCCUUUCUGAGUAGACCGGCAUAACAGCAUGUGCUGGUGAAUUGUAUUAAUUUGUACAUGCAUGGUGUACGUACAGAGUGGAGAUCACUACCCUUGCUUGGAUGACUUGGAAGGGCUGGUCGCUGUAGGCAGGGAUCUCCCAGUGAAGAUGGAUGAACUGCAUCAACUAGAAGUCCAAGUGACUACUGCUCAUUCCUGGCGGGACAAAGCAACAAAAACUUUCCUGAAGAAAAAUUCUGGCUACUCCCUACUUGAGGUAAGAGGCUUGACCACAAGUAGCAAUUUAGUCCUCACCACUAACUCUCUUUAUAGUGGACUUGUCAAAGUUCUAGUCUCGUUUUCUAGAUAACUUCGAACAAAAUCGGUUUUUAUUUUAUAGAUUUUUUUUUUUUUUUGUAAUCUGUAGCAGUGGAAACUUCUGCAGGGUGUGUUUAUUUCAUUAUAUCCUGUAGGCUCUGUGUAUAUAUUGAGAGAUCGCUCCUUUGCUUCGUGUUUGGUUGUGAUGCUCUUACAAUAAUGAACUCUGUAACCUUGCAUUCGAUACAAAUUUAUUUGAGGGCAUUGGCAUUUGCCUUGAUUGGACAGAGAGACCGCAAAAGUCAAAAUAAGCCUAAAAUGUUGAACUAGUACAGGGGUCGGCAACCUACGGCACUUGGGACUGCUAGAGCCAAACAAGCUCUGGAGUAUCAGGAGUCCCAGUGAAACUUCAGAUAUCUGCUAAUACAAAAGGUGGUGAGGGACAAUCCUCAAUUUAUGCAUUGCAGCACAUAGAGGAAGUUAUCUCAGAUCACUUCCUCCCAGCACUUGUGAAUGGGAAUCCACACUGGAGUAGCGAAGCCCACUGCAGCUAUCGAAGCUCCUGUACCUGGCCAGCCUGGUCACCACUGGAACCCAGGGAAGCCACACACACUGCUAGAUAUACACAGAAUAACCCUCCCCUCAUACAAAUAAUACGAAAAACCCACACACAAUCCGCACAAACUCAACACCACCACAAUCCACAUACCUGCACACAACCCCACACGCAGCCUCUCGUAUGCAAUAUCCCAUAUAGCCCCACACAUACACACACUACCAAACACACUAGGUGAUAUCCAUCAAGACACACAAUUCUACAAGCAGCCCACAUUCAUAGGUAUCAUACACGAUCCCACCAACUACUCAUCAACAUAUACAAUAUAAUGGCUCAUAUACGCACAAGUGCAACGAUGCAAAGCCACUAAAUAAAUAACACAAGGAGAAUAUGGCAACAUACACACCUCUAUUUAAAAGAAAGUGGACUGGCACGCUACAUCGGGACAGUGCUGCUAAAAAGUUGCCUACCCCUGAACUAGUAUAUCUAUUCAACACAGAUUUUCUAUUUAAGUAUGUAGUGAAUAGUUUGGUUCAGAACAUGUGACCAAAAUUGAAACUGUGACACACCACUCUCCCUGCAAGAGCAAUGCAUCAAGGUUCAUGCCUAGUAUUGAAGCAUGUACAGCCAUAUGCGGUAUAUUAGAUUGUCAUGCAGGAUAAAAAGGCUUUGCAAAGAUCUAUUCAUGUACAAAGUAAUUGUGAUUUUGGAGGAUAGUUGGACCAGUUUCCUUCAGCUAUACAGCUUAAUCAACAUUAUCUCUUGUUUUGCUGCAGUGCUUUUUGUUUUAUACUCCUUCCCUACUUUUUGUUCAUUUCAGGUCCUUUGCCCCAGUGCUGAUGUUUCUUCUGAAACUGGUAAAAGGUCCCAGUGGAGGAAGGAGAAGACAUUUGGCCUCUACCGAUCAGAUGUUGAGGGUCUGGGCUUGUCUGCACAGGAUUUGCGGGACCCUGGUUCAAUCGUGAGUAACUACAUAUUGUAUCCUUUUGAAAAGAAUAACAUUAACUGUCAUACGGGUACUGAGUGUCCUCUGUUUCCCUCAGGUGUUGGCGUUUAAAGAAGGCGAGCACAAAGAAAAGGCUGGCAUUUUGAGACUGCGUGCAAUGAAUUCCUCCUUGGAGAGGAGUUGUGUGUGUGUUUGCGGGGAACCCCCAGGAGAGCUAAUGUUGCGGUGUGAGCUUUGUCAGGACUUAUUUCAUGGACUUUGUGUGCCCGUCCCCCGACUCUCAUCUCACCGUGGUGCUCACUCUUCUCCACCGUUGACCUGGUGGGAAUGGGAAAGUCGCUUCCUUUGCCCACUCUGUGUCCGAUCCCGUCGCCCUCGGCUACAGACGAUCCUAUCUCUAUUGGUCGCUCUUCAGAAAUUACCUGUGCGCCUACCAGAAGGGGAGGCUUUGCAAUGCCUAACAGAACGUGCAAUGAGCUGGCAGGACCGUGCUCGAAGAGUCUUGGCAACCCCAGAAAUCUCAUCCGCAAUCACAACGCUGGCAGAACGUAGACAGAGGAUGCAGCACUGUAAAGACCCGCAGGCACUGAGAGAGACUACCCGGAAUGAGCAGAACCCUGUAAGUAAUGCAUAGUAGGCAGUCUUUUAUUAUUUUUUUUAUUUCUUAUUGUGGAAUAACAGAAAAGAGCAGUACUCGCCUGCUUUGACAACAAUAUUGUUUUAUGGAAUCUCACAUCUAUAUUAUUUCUGAUCUUUAGACUUUUUUACAUUUAUUAGUGAUGAAUAGCAUCCCAUUAGCUGCAACAUACUUUUGGAAUUGGUGAGCUCUUUCUUUCUCUUAAAUAAUAGCGGUUUUUCAUACGUAUGAAGUAGCUGGCUGAAAGCAGCAUGGUCCUCCAUCCACGGCAGAAAUCUGUGUUUACUUCAACUAGGAAAGCUGAUCUUCUGAGCAGAUGGUUCAUGCUGUGUUGGGAUAGAGGGAAUCAGAAUACCCUGUCUAAAAAGAAUAUACUGAAAGCCUCUGCAAAGCUUCAAAUUGGAAGUAAUUUUCAGAUUUGUAUCAGAUUACAUGUUGCCUUUGCCGAUUCAGUUUCCCAUAGGCAGCAGCUAUUUCAAGGGGAAAUGGUCUGAUUCUCAUAUCUCAUGCUGUCUCUUUGGCGUUAGUGAUCUCUCACUAAGUAGUCCCAUAAAAGACUGUGUGCGCAAACUAAUGAAGAGAUUUUCCUAAAAACACACUUCAGCUUGCUUGGUAGACGCCUCAGAAUCUCCUACUCAACUUUUUUUUUUUUUUUUUGUAAUACCUGUGUACGAUGACUGCAAGUUCAAAUGGAUUAAAUUUGCUUGCUUGUGUGUGACAGCACGGCAAACAGUGUGUGUGUGUGUGUGUGUGUGUAUAUAAUAUUAUAUUAUAUUUUUUACUUUCCAUUCUGCGUGGUGUUUAAUUUAGCACUUCAAGUGAAGAUUUGAUUACUGUUGAUUCCAGGUGCCAUAGGGUAUUGAUAAUAAAGGUGUUUGGGAAGCUGUUCAUAUUUGUUAGCAUGCACGGCCAAAGAUGGAUUUUGAUACUGUGAAAGCCUCAUAUCUAUUAAAAGAACACGCCGAGCACGAUAACCUUACUGCAACCAACUGUAGUGGAUAUGGUGCUUGGAGUGCCCUGGCGCCCUUUGCUUGUGAACUAUUUGACAUCUUCCCUGGGGUCCAUUAGGCAAUGGUCACCUCAUCCUGGAAGCUUCCUGCAAGGCAUGCGCUUGUUGGCUCAGUGGAGAGGACAGAAGCUCCUUGCUUUUACUUCUGGCUCUGGAGGAGAAAACCACUUGUAUUUUUUGUAUGUGUUUAUCACAUUACAUGGCUUACCAAUUACAAAUCACAGGUCUUGGAGAAUGUCUGUUUAGUACCUAGCCUCCUGCUUCCAUCACUUUGCUACCUUUUAAAACAUUUUUAAGCAGUUCGAGGAACCGAAUUCCUUCUAGCAAGGAUCCUGUGUCUAUUCACUGCUUUCUAAAGGCUCAACUGUGAUUCGGCCAAGUGUACCUCUACCUGUUCCCUGUUUCUCAAAGCAUAUCAUGAGCCGAAGGAAUUCCCUUAUAUCUUUUGCGUUGUAGGUUGCAUAGUAUUUUGUAUGUCUGUAGCCGUAAACGCAUAAUGCACUUCUCCUUCUCUGGUUUGAAGUGCUGUUUCAGACUUGUGUUGUCAUUAUAAAGUGUGUGUGUAUAUAUAGGUUUUAAAUCUGUCUAGAUUCCUUGCGUUGGCAGUGUUUGAUCUCAUUAUAUUGCUUGUGUGAAAGGCUAAAUUAUUUGUAAAUGUAUAGGGUUUUUGUGUGUGAAGUUCUGUUUGCCAGCGGUGGUGACCAAAAGUAAUUUAAUUUUUACUCCCAUUCAUUUUGUUCUCCCCAGCACUAAAUACAUAUAAACACAGGAUUUCAUAAAAAAAAAAAAAUGGGGAGGUGGACUUUCUUCCUUUUUUUUUUUUUUUUAUCGCACAAAUGGCACUCAAACAUCCUUCAAGACUCGUUUCUAAAUGUAUGCAAACGUUUUAAAUAAGAAAUGUGCUUGCCUUUGAGAAAUAAAACUGCAUGUACUUUUGUAGAGUGCGAGCGGUUUUGUUUCUAGCCUGGGAGCCUCUGUGCUUUAAUCUGAAGCAUGCAGGCAGGCCACAGUAGCCAUGUGAUACAGCCUAGUGGCUUUGCUGGGCCCCUUUCUUAUCAGCUGUGAGACCGCUAGGAGUGUGAACUUCUGAUAACAUGGCACCAUCACCACUGCAGUAGCUCAUAAGUAACUGUUGGAACAGUUUGACACUUCACUGUCUUGUCUGAUGCCGUGUUGCUCUUGGUCUGAGCUGGUCUUUGUAAAGGUUAUACUAAUGUGUUAUACUAAUGUGUUACACCACUUCUUACCACGCUGAGAGCAGCCAGCAGAAGUUGACAUAUUAAAUCCAUUGUAUAAAGAGACCGGUAAAGUCAGAGACCUGGGUUCAGUGCUGUACUUGGCAAAUGGAGCAUUGCUUGGGUUUUUUUUUUUUUUUUUUUUUAAAGGACCACUAUAGUGCCAGGAAAACAAACUCGUUUUCCUGGCACUAUAGGGUAUUUAGGUCCACCUCCCACCGGGCUGAAGGGAUUAAACUUGCCUUUCUCCAGCACUGGGCUGGGGAACUCUCCUCCCUCUUCCGACAUCAGCACGGAAUGAGCAUGCACGGCAAGAGCCGAACACGCAUUCACAGUCCAUAGGAAAGCAUUUCUCAAUGCUUUCCUAUGGACGUCAGCGUCACAGUGAGACUCACGGAAGCGGCUGUCAGUGAGACAGCCACAAGAGGCUGGAUUAACCCAUAGGUAAACAUAGCAGUUUUUCUUUGAAACUACUAUGUUUACAGAUGCAGGGUUAACCCUCGAUGGACCUGGCACCCAGGCCACUUCAUUGAACUGAAGUGGUCUGGGUGCCUAUAGUGGUCCUUUUAACUAAAGCUGCAAAUUUCAACUGGAGAAUUUCUCAAUUCCGCAAUAUUGGCCUAAUCUUUGCAGUACCCAGAAUUCACAGUUCAGUGAUAAACCCUUUGGUGUGGUCAGGAAAUUUAACAAGUUUGCUAAUCGCUGUCCUUGUUCGUACUGAUCCUUACAUGCAGUGGUUGAUCUUGAACACAAGUGUUGUCUGUUUUGGGGCAAGGUGAUGAAGUCUUUGGACCUGUAUGCUGAGAGCGGAAUCCAUUGAGCCUGUGAGCCAAAAUCACCUUUGUUGUAAGGAAAUUUUAAACAGAAAAGGACUGGUCCUCAACUUCAGACCCAGACCUGUAUAAUUACAUUGUCUGUCCUUUCCUUACUGGAACCAGUCCCCGCCAUUAUUCUUCAUGGUAAAAUCUUGCCCUCUACCCACUGAACAGACAGACACUACUUCAUCUGACCAGCUCUCUAUUGAUUCAGCUCUUGGCACAUGGGUCUGAAUACCGUGCCCUUAACUUACAGAUAACAAUCAUGGUCAGGGUGGCAAGCAUACCCAAUCCAAUGGCAUGAUCCAUUACUGCUUCAGGAAGAACAUAUUUUUAUUGUAAUGCAAUAAAAUAGGCUGCACUUGUUACAAUGUGCUCUUUGCCAUUCUAAAAAGCCUCAGAUUCUACAUUAUCUAGUGAUUUUCCAUGAUUUCAGCAUUGCCAUAGAAUAGCAAUAAACCUGCAUCCUUUGUCUGCUUUAAUGACCAUGCCGUUCUAUGACACAGAGAUUGGAUUGCUAAAUUAAAAUAAAGCUGUGGUUUGUCAACCAUCUGUCAUGCUGUAGCGGUUUGGGCAUUUUAGAUGCUGAAUGUAAAACACACUUUUUUUUUUUUUUUUUCUCAACCAAUAUGCUAAAAGGGUGGUUGUUGAUACCUGGUUCAUGUAUAUAUAUUUAUAUCCCCAAUACAUGUUGGGAAUGAUGCACAAAUCUCUUGGUGUGGAAAAACCAUGGUUAUGACACACUGGGAUGCACUUUAGACUCCCUUUAUGGGUUUCUAAAUUUGCAUCAAUGUAGAUUACAUAAUUGUCAAGAUGACUCAUUCCUUGCCAUUCAGACAUCUUUAUAGUUUUCUCCUUGAAAUCUAACUGGCGUGAUAUGUAAUUCUGACAACAUUUUAAAGAGACACUUUCUCUGUUGUCUAUAGGUAAGAAUUAAUAUAGACUGGUGCAAUCACAAUAUUCUUGUCACUUACCAUGCCAUUAAAUUAAAAGAAUUGUAAAUUAAUUGUAAUGAAGUUGGUAUGCUGCCAAUAGGUUGCCAGGUGCUUUCUUACCUGAAGUGGAAAUUCACAAAUGGUUUAACCACAAAGGUUCAUACAAGAACACCGUAUGGAGAGAAUAUAGAAAAAUAUAUCACUAGGUGCUAUUACUCACAGGUACUCCCUCAAGUACCAAAGAACCAUAUAUCAAAAAGAGAAUGCACACUAGAAACCACAAAGAAAGUUUAUGCAGAUACUUUAAUAGACCAACAAUUGGCAUAAUAUGCAUAUAGCAACACCCUUGAAAAAGGCAGCCAGUUGGUGCCGAAACGUUGGGGAUAUUGGAGACUCGUGUUUCUGUCAGUUUAGGCUUGUGAGAAUUUUGGUGGUAAUUACAGUUUUAUUUUGAUGCCUUUUAUAUUGUCACUUUGUAAUUUUGCUAUAUGCGUAUUAUGCCAAUUGUUGGUCUAUUAAAGUAUCUGCAUAUCUUUGUUUCUAGUGUGCAUUCUCUUUUUGAUAUUAACCACAAAGGUUUCCUCCAGCACCUGAUCUCCAGUUCCUUCAGCGACAUCCAACUUCUCAAAUUGUCUUUCAGGAAGCGUGGAAGGCCACACCAGUAGCUGUGGCACCACUAAUUGACUAGAGCGGUCACCUGAUCACACGCCAAGCCAAUCAGUAUCUCCCUAUUCUAAAAUAAAAAGUACCUAAGUGCCUGAUGAUUUCCUGUCACCAUAACAACCUCAUAGUGCAUACAGAAAGUUUGUUCACAGGAUUCUCUCCAACCUCCCACCUGGAGUUUUAUCCCAGUUCACUGACACUCGAACACUGAACUUCCAUCUGCCUUUUUUCAUGGAAGAUGUUUAUUCUUUCUUUGAAACAUAUUGGAAGGUGAAAAUAAAAAUAAAAACGAAUUAUACGGUAUGAAAGUGUUCUUAUUUAAGUAACAGAUUGUGACACACAACCUUACGUAGUAGCAGUGCUGUAGGUUAUUUAGGGAAAAUAGGUUGCCCCUUCUGGACCUUUCUUUGUCACAUUUGUUUUCAGGAUGUUUUUGAUUAACAUGAAGUAAAAGCUUGUCUUGUCUAUUCCUUGUUUUCAGGUUUCGCAUGAAAAUGGAGACUCUCACUUAGAGAAUGGCACAUGUGCAAUGCCAGGUAGUGUAGUCACUCUUGAUUUUUCUACAUUGUGAGCGGUUGUUUUAAAAAAAAUUUUAUUUUAUUUUUUUAAAUUAAUUUAAUUUUCUUUUCCCUCCUCCAAAAAUGUACUCUUAGACUUGGAUGCAUUGGCUGCUCUGCUUCCUCGUAUUGAAAAGUCACCGGUCUUGGAGUUGUCUCUGGGUUCUCGAGCCUUGUUAGAAGAUUUAAUGUUAGAAGGUGAUCUUCUGGAGGUGACUUUGGAAGAAGAGCUCAGCAUAUGGAGACUACUACAAGCAUCACAUAUGCCAUGUGUGGACAGACUCCGGACUCUCAUAGAGGUAACACACACACAAUCCUCACUGUACACGUUUACAAAUGGGAUAAAACUGCAAAUAAGAGACAAACUAUCAGAAAUGUACAAAAGGAAGAGCAAGGUGUGGUAAUGAGAUCACUAGGUAUAAAGCCAGAACAGGUGAAUUCAGAAUUACCAGUCUCUCAAAAUUAAUCUCUUCUGAAUCUCUGACUGGAAACUAGAACAGAGUCUGAAAAUACAAAUGGAGCUGACAAUGAAAAGUCCUGUAGAUGGAAAUGUAUUUUUGAAUCAUAGAAUAAAUGUAGUAAUUUGAGUUGUUACAAGCUUUGUGAGUGUUAAAGGAACACUAUAGGGUCAGGAGCACAAACAUGUAUUCUUAAAGGACCACUCUAGGCACCCAGACCACUUCAGCUUAAUGAAGUGGUCUGGGUGCCAGGUCCAGCUAGGGUUAACCCAUUUUUUUAUAAACAUAGCAGUUUCAGAGAAACUGCUAUGUUUAUGAAUGGGUUAAGCCUUCCCCCUAAUCCUCUAGUGGCUGACUGUGAUUUUCACAGUGAGAGCACGCAAGCGUCCAUAGGAAAGCAUUGUAAAUAGGAGGAGGAGAGAAGGAGAGCUCUCUGCCCAGCGCUGGAAAAAGGUAAGUUUUUAACCCUUUCCCCUUUCCAGAGCCGGGCGGGAGGGGGUCCCUGAGGGUGGGGGCACCCUCAGGGCACUAUAGUGCCAGGAAAAUGAGUAUGUUUUCCUGGCACUAUAGUGGUCCUUUAACACUAUAGUGUUUAAAAACCCUAUACUGCCCUCAUAAAUAUAGGGCAAUCUGAAGGUGCUGGCUCUGCCCCUCGUCUGCCUCAUUAGCUGAUAUCUCAGCCAUUCACAAAGCUUUCCCAUAGGAAAGCCUUGGAUUGGCUGAGAUUGUCAAUUUUGAUCUCAGCCAAGGAGGCGGGGCCAAACGCCACCCCUUGCCAAUCAACAUCUCCUCAGAUGCAUUGAAUCAAUGCUUCUCUACGGCAAAAGUUCAGGAUCUCCAUGCAGAGGGUGGUUACCAUGAAUGUAAACAACAAGAAGUGUAAAAAAAGCCCAAAAAAGCUUUUAACCUCAGAAAGUGGAGCAUAAGAAUAGUGGAAAUGUGACCACCUACCCCAAGUGGGAAUACAAUAAAAUUGUUACCAAACUUGGAUGUUUUUCAGAUCCAAUGGAUAUCAAGGUACAUGUAAAAGACAAAAUAGGAAAAACACAUAGCAUAAUACUGUAUUGGACAAGUGAAAUAAAUGGAACUGUAGCUUACGAACUCACAUGGAAUAGAGCCUCACAUAGGACAGGCUCCGACCUCUUUGGCAGUAGUGUCUUCUGGUGCCACUUUCCCCUUUAACUCUAAAUGGUAUUCCUCAGGACAAAAGGUGACAAAGCAGGAAAUGCCUUAUAAUAUAUAACAGUAAACAGUAUAUAUAGUAAAUAGCAGGGUGCAGUAUAGGAAUAAAACAUUGCAAAUAAUUGCUCACCUUGACCAGAGCCUGUAAACCUGGCUCUGGCUGGAAUAGCUUAGGUGUCUCUAAGGGGGACACCACCCUUCUUUGAAGCAGCAAAGUUCAAGGACCCGGAGUAGACUUUAAAAAAUUUAUUACAUAAAAAUACUGCAUAAGCAGAUUUAAAAAUAAACAAUAAAAGUGGUAAUUAAGAGUCUCUCUGUGACCAAGUCCUGAAUUCCAUCCAAAACGCGUUUCGCACUAUAAAAGUGCUUUUUCAAUCUGUGUAUGCUGCUUUAGAUCUUAUUCCGUUUUUAAAUAUGAUGCUGUUGCCGUUCAUUGGUGGUUCUCUGUGGAGUUUGUCCAAUGGGAGUCCGGUAAUUCAGAGGUGUGUAUACCUCACUUUUGUCCGUACCAGAAGUGACUCACUGCACGUCAGCAGCAUCACUUCCGAGGUUGAAAGUUCCCUUCUUAUAUCUGGGCAGAUAGCGGUACAAUGCUUAGCCCACUGGUAUUUAUGAAUAGUUAAGUUUUGCAGAAUCAAACCUAAUUUAAUGUGAUGCUUGGGAGAUUUAUGAAAUUUCCUGUUUAAUUUACACGGAUACGGUCCUUCAACUUAUAUUCCUAUUUGGAAGCCACAGUGGUUGGUACUCCCAGUAAACCUGAUACACAGGCAUACACUUAAGCUGAAUGUAUCAGUUUUUGCAUCUUUAUAUUGCUUUAAAUUUGGAGGCUUGACAAAGUAAGUGUAGUAGGGAGAAAUGUUAUAUAUAUGUGUAACUUUAAAUGUAUCCAAUAUAUUGCCACCUAAACCCUGACUGGCUCCCUUUUGUACACAGCCACAUUUCUACUCUCAUGGGGUAUGUCUGACUGGCCCGUGAGGUACAGCUUUUUUUAGGUUUUUUUGAGUUAAAGGAAAGGUUAUGAGAUUAAUAUUAUCGCUCAUUUUACCUGUUUAGAAACAUUGAUUUCAGAUAACACAAGUCAAUAAUAUUUGAAGGAUUGUUCCGAACAGAUAAAAAAACAAAAAAAACUUACACAAUUAUUUCCUAAAGGAAAAUAUUUCAAGAAAUUAAAUGUUUGCUGGUAUUUGGUAUUGAGUGGUGGUACUUACUACUCACUACCACUGGAGGGGGGGGAACUUAAAAAUAAGCAACCUUAUGGAUAUUUUCAGGACUUUUUCGUUUCUAUAAUGAUUUUUAUUUCCUGGCAGAUUGAAAGGUGUGAACGGAAAGCAUCUCGCGUGAAGGGAAAAGACCCGGACAAAAGGAAGAAGAGGAGAAGUGAGCGCAGUGAUGGAUAUCCCACACUGCUCCCCAAGGAGGAACUGGGACCAAAGAGAAUCCGGGGUGAUAUCAGAUUGCCAGAUUCUUCUGCAGAAAAGGAGGUCGUAAGGAAAGGAGGAAGUGAAGCCAACCAGAAUGGAGGAGAGGUGAGAAGAGCAAAGAGAGGGAAAACACCAUGUGACGUGUCAUCAAAACACUGAUUUCUUAUUAAAUUGUGUUUAAAGUCGCACCUAGGGAAAAACUGUUAUAUUUUUUCCUCUCUCAAGACCAUAACUUUUUUUUUUUUUAUUAUUAUUUUGUCUGAAGAAUGCAUUUACCUUUUGUUAAAAACUUGUGAUGCUUGUUGCAUAUUUACUUUCUUUAAUAAUGGUUUAUCUUUAGAUUAAAUGCAUGUGGAAAUCAAAAUUAUAUUGUUUAAGACAUAAAAUGUUAACUAUUUUUACACGGCACAAUUGUACAUUCAACCACACUAGAAUUAUGCCUGAAGAUGAGCUCUAGUGUCCCUUUAUCACGUUGUUAAAAAUAAAUCCACAUCCUUUCCAGUUAGCAUUGCCCAAUAACAUAAUCCCUUAGAGGAAAAAUGUGUAUUUGGAUUAAAUUCUCACCUGUGAUACUAAACAGAGAGAGAUAAAAGAAAUGGUACGUGUUUUAAUACACACACCCUGCCAGUUUAAAGUGCUAAACUUGACCUUGCUGGCUAUUUUUUACACUUGAAAUUGCUUUCUACUACUAAAUUAUGUAUGAUAAACUGUUGCUGUGCAGUGGUGUAUCCGAUCUGUACAAUUCAGUUCUUAAAAAUCAAGGGAACUUCAAGGUUCACUGAGAUCUUUGCUGCAAAUAGCUGCAUUGUGCAGAGACUAGGAAGUGGCAGACGCGUGGAAAUGGUCAAAUAUAGCAAAAUACUUGUAACACUUCCAGGGUUAUUCACUAAAGUGAGAAUUCAAGGUCAAAAGAGCCAAACGGAAAAAUUCUAUAAGUUGGCUAUGUCUUCCGUUCAGCUACUUUGGCCGUAAAUUUGAAAAUUCACUUUGAAUUCUCACUAAAUGACCCUGAUAAUGUGGUGAAAUCUACAAAGUCGUGAUCCUGGAUCUGAGGUUUCCCAUAAUGAGGAUCUUUGGUAUCACUAUUUGGCAGGCCUUAUUUAUUUUUGCCCCUAUUACCAUAAAGGACCAGCUGUCUCAGACCUGUACCCACCCUGUAAAUUUGCACGUUUGUUGACACCUUCCACCCGCUGAAGUUUUAAAGGAACACUCCAUUGUAUUGGAGCCAUGUGUGUAUGUGUUCAUGGCUUUCUUAUGCUGUUACACGUUAGCUGUAAUAGGACUUAUUGAGCUCCAUGGGGCUAACAGGAGCCAGAAAAUCUCCGUGGCUAUUUGAAUUCCAUCCAAGGAGAUGUUUCUUCCCUUAAAUAGAAAAGUGCAGAUUUUUUUUUAAAUUUUUUUUAUGAAAUCCGCACUUCUAGAAAUUAUCACAAAUGGGACAGUCUUCCGAUGAAUAAAGCACUCCAGUAAGCUGUAGUUCUUUGUGUGUGGUGUGUUCCUUUAAACAAGGAGCCAGCUCAUUUACGAUAAAAUGUCUCAAAGAUUCUGCUGGCUCUCACGACAUUAAUAAAAACCGUGCAGGUGAUCAUACCCUGAGUCCACCUCUGUCUUAGACCUGUCUAUUUCAAUCUGGGUAUAAAUCCUCUAUCUUAUUCUUUAAAAUCAAAAUAGAUGUGGUCUCCUGUCAUGCUACGUGCAACCAGAACUACUUCUUUUUGCUUUCAAAUAAAAGCAAACUUCUAAAUGGGUUAAUACUAGGAUUACGCUCAAUAACAGAGCCUAGACCACUGCUUUUAGAGUAAUCAUUAAUAUAUUUAUAUGCACUAGUUUUCUAUAGCAGAGAAUUGAGUGACCUGUAAAGAGAUCAAGAGAAGUUAACAUACAAAGCUCUGGCUCUAUCAAUUUAUUGCUUAAAGUUAGGUUACUGCAGUUCACACCACUAGUCUUAUUUUUGACAACCCUUGUGGCUUCCCUGUGCAAAAAAUCAUUUGAUGAUAAUAAGCCAUUGAAGAGAUAGUAAAAGGGCUGUUUUGGGAGAUGUGUGACAAACUUGUAACCAUCUUAUUAAUCCAUGAAUCAUGUGCUGUUGUGUGUGUGACCAGUCAGUUGGUAGAGCACGCAAGAAGAAAUACAUGUUUGUGUCUUCUGACUACAGUGAGAGUGGCCCUGGAGUCUCCAUAAUUUCAGAACCAGGGGUAACCAGUAAAUGGGUACAGGCAGUGCAUUCACAAGCAUGGAUAGUUUUUAUGUUGAGUGCAGUCUUUCAUUUUUGAUCAAUUUAGAGUUUCCAUUACUCUUGGCAACGUCUGUAAGUGUGCAGUUGUUGAGACCCUCUUAAUCUUCAAAUUCCAUACAGACAACAAUUUAGUAAAAUAUAUACAUUUUAUUCUGGAUGGAGGCCAGGAAUUUGUAGGUCUAUAAUUUUACAACCUCGUUGUGGCUGUAAUUUGAAGUCUGUCAGCAUUAAAUAUUCCUUAUUAAACAGCUGUGAACUUGACCAGAAAGACUUUAUAAUCGGUGGGUGGAGCGCUAAUUGGUCAACAGGCACGUAUUUGCUUACCCCUUACUGAGAAGUUCUGAGAUCUCGAUGUGUUGACAUGAAAGACAUCUGCGUUUUGCUAUGCCAUCAAAAACGUCUGCGUUUACUGCCAAAGUAAAAGGCCUACAGCAUUUAGAAUUUGAAGACUGCAGCCAUAUUUAUUUACUCCACCAUAAUCAAAUGAACGGUUCUAAACAAAUAUUCCAUGUUGGAGAGGUGUAACCUUUUGUAGAUUUAAUAACGGACAGCAUAUGUCCUUAGACUAAUGGUAGACAUCAGUUGUAUUACCCAGGGACGCCUUAGGAAGCGGAUCUGGAAAUAUGUGUGUUUACAUAGUGAUUUGAGCGGAUCUAGUCUCAAAUUAAAAAGCUAUUACCAGCCUUCACACUUGGCUGGGUUUGUGGUUCUUUUUAGUCAUAGUUUAAGGUUGGCUAACACAUACUGUGCAUGGUUUGGUCUGGUUCAAAGUACAUACCCCAUAAAAACUCUGUACAUACUUCCAGCUUCAAAGCAGUUUCCACUCACGUAACAAGUUUUUAGUUUUUCUUCCUUUGUUCAAAGCUCGUAUUCAUUAACGAAGAUUGAAGAAGUAUGAUGAGGGAUUACAACACAGUCCAUGGGAGAAAAUAUUUUAUUGCACUUGUUAGCUACACAAGACCACUUUUACUAAAGAGCAAAACAUUUGCUGUGUAAAAUGCAGGUUGCGCGCUGUUUAGUGCAGAUUAAUCCGGACAAAUCAGGUUGUGGAGACCGCUUCUAAAAUAACUUCACAGGUUGCUUCCCCACUCAUCAAAACACCAUUGAACGCCGGCUACAGUAAAAUAGUUUAUUGUAUUAGAGCAGUUCAAAAUAUGUAGGUAUUACAAAAUAUACAGCUUGUGCACUGCUGUAAGUACAGGACAACCAAGUACACAUGCAUCUAUAAUAACAAUCCUGUUGACUUGUAAAAACUAAGGUUUUUUUUUUUUUUUUUUAAAUAUCCUUCCUUACCCCAGGUUGUUAAGUAACCAUCUACCUUAUUGUGCUUAUACACCUUUAAUUUUUGUUUAUUUUUUACUAUGACUAGGGAGAGAUACCAAAUUUACAUUUGGAGAGGAGGCUGCACUCCAUAAUGCAAACUCCUGUAAUGCCAAUGGCUUAGUACAUUUCAGGAAAGUAAAAAUAACUUUUUUUUUUUUUUUUUUUUAAACCCCUGGAAUAAAAGGGAAUCAUGACAUGUCACACGUCAUGUGUCCUUAAGGGGUUAAUAUAUACAUUUUACUAGUUUUAGGUGGAAUGCCCGGUUUUGUUAUACAGGCUCUGUACCCUUACAGCCAUGUAAUGAUUGCCCCUUUUUUUUUUUUUUUUUAAAGCUUCUCUUGGACCCUAUAUAAUGAACUUAAUCUUUAAAAUAAAAUUAAAAAACUUUUUAGUAUGGUGUGAGUAAAUAUUUUCAAAUCACUGGUGUGUUCUAUCUUGAUCAUUUUCAACAAAGGAUAUAAAUAAAACUGGUGUGAGUAAAAAUAACUAUUGAUCUUUAUAUACCCACCCCUGCCUUACAAUAUCUAGCCAGGUUUUAAAAGUUACUUGUUACUGCCAGCCUGGAGAGUUCAUGAAACACUCACCAGAGGUGAAUUUCUACAGGCCAGGGCUCACCAAUGGCUAGUGAAUAUUUUAAGAUCUAUAAUCUCAAACUUAUUUUAUAUAAUAGCACCUCCUACUGUUCUAGGCAGAUUAAAACCAUAUCUAUCUACUUGAUUCUAGGCACAGAGGUGUACUGCUGGUCUGAUAGGUGGGCUAAUCAAGAGGUGCCUGCAGUAUUGCUGAGGCCUAAUCCACUCAUUUGUACAGGCAAAAAGCAGCCAUUACCUUAUACAGGUUAGGAAGUGCUAGAGCCAAGUGCUGAGAAUAAUUUUUAGAAGACCGUGAACCGAUUUGAAAUAUGGUCUAAAUCAAAAUAAACAAAAAAAUAAAAUUGGUUUCUGGGACUCUGGUUUCCACUGCCCAAUCUGUUUUGUAUGACUAUUUACUUGGGUAUGAAUUCAACAGUGUAAUAAUUGUAUGGCAAUAAAUAGAAGGGGAAACUACCUUUUGACAAUGGUAUAGGUUACAUAUUCAGCAGACUAGGACCUACAACUUUCCAACUUGUUUUGAAAUUGCACUAUUUGUGGCUUGCAUUAAGAGGUUGUAUGUCAUCUGAAACCCCAGGUUAAGAGAUUCUCUUUGUCUCUGCAGAAGCGCUUGUGACAUUCAGCUUGACGACCGGACCCUAUAUAAUGCUAGGAUGGUGGCACUCCCCCUUGGACAGAUGCUCAAAAGGAUUACCUCGUUGAAAAAUUGUAAGAGGCAGCUUGUAGGGGAGGUGAAAACAUGGUGCUCCUGCUCCCUCUUACCCAGCAUUCUGUGCUCUAUUUAAACACCAUUCUCCUCCUCAAGACAUGGAUUACUCCUCUGGGGCUUCGUAGAAGGUGCCCCUUCUCCCUCUUACCCAGCAUUCUCUGCUCUAUUUAAACAACGUUCUCCUCUUGAAGAUGUGGAUUACUCGUCUGGGGCUUCAUGGAAGCUGGUGCUGCCUGCUUGGUAAAGCAGAUUCCUGGCAGAACGACUUAAAGGAUCCUAAGGCACAGGGAGAGAGUAAAAAAUUUUUUCUUGUCGAACAUCAAGCAAAUAACUCCUACUGGAAGAAAAACUUGAAUUGAUACCCUUGUACCCUGGCAUAUUUUCUUUUUACAUGCUGGUGAAUAUGCUGUAGCCCCCUCAUUAAAUGUCCUGCACCAAAGGAAACACAUGAACAGGUUUGCCCCCUUUACAUGCACAGGAUUGAAGCUAUGCCUCCUGGAGGUGUAGAAAACCAGCAUUGGGCAUUAUGGUGCCACGUUGGGUGAGGGGCUACCUUCUGUCACGAGGGAACCUGUAAGGAUGGUUUUUGUGGGACACAUUUACUUUUAUUUAUUCCCUUUCUCCUUGUGAACUCUCACUAACUGCCCUUCCCCCCUCUGUUCGCCCACUUAUUCAGGAUCCAUGGGUGUCUGCACUUCCCAGCCCCUUCUAUCCAAGUUCACUUUGUCCAGAACACUUUGUUUAAAAAAAAAGAAAUAUUUCUAGAAAAUGUUAAAAGGAAAAAAAAUCCCUUGCACUCCAUUCUGGAGUGUGUUAUCUUUUCUGACAUGUAGAAAUAAAAGUUAGAGUUUUUUUUUUUUUGAAACUGUGUGUGGUUGAUAAAUUAUCUAUUUUACAGAAAUAGUGGGUGUAUUGUACAUUGUAGAGUUGGUUGCAGUUACCAAAAACUGAACCCCAUACUAAGACCAGGGCAAAUUGUUUUAUUCUAAGUGCAUAAUUUCUAGGUUACAUAUUGGGCUUAUUUCCUGAAAGAGAAACUGGAGAAUUCACUUUUUUUUUUUUUUUUUUUUAAAAAGACCAUUCUUUAGAAGAGCGGAAAAUUGCAGAGUUUCAGAUAUUUUCUUAGACCAAAUCUGUCUACAAAUAGUUCUUGGGCCUUACACUAAAAAUUAUAGCAAAUCUCUCUCCCUCCCUCCAAGUUUUUGCAUCUGAUCGAUUUGAUGUAGCAAACCAAAAGCUUUAUACUGAAUGAACUUCCAAGUCAGCAAUUUCAUAAUACUUAUGUUAAAAUGCAUUUUGUUCCAAAGCAACGUGAAUCUGCUGUUGGAAUCCAAAGGUGCAAGCUGCAGCAUUCACAUCACUCAACGAAAACAAGUGUUGUAGAGGUUAAAUUUUACCUUAAUUUAAAUGGAAUAUAGUAUGUAGGUUUAUUUUAAAGGUUUCUUCCCUAUAGCUAGGCUAAGUUCAGAAAACAUUUGUUGGGAGGUGGGGAUCUGUAUAAAAUGUCUCCCCGACAGCCACUAAAGGUCGCCUCCGUGCUUUACACACUGUAAAUCGCACUUAUUUGACGCUGGACUUUUUUUAUGGAGUCCAGUGUCAAAAAAGAUCCACAGUAGAAAGCAUUGAAUAAGCAUUCAAUAAUGCUUUCCUAUGGGCUGGUUUGAAUGUGCGAGCACCUCUGGCCGCGCAUUCGCCUCCACUCGGAAGCUGACGUCAAUGGAGGAGGAGAGGUCACCAUGUCGCGAACGGUUCGCCACGAGCUGUUCGUGGCGAACUCCGGUCAGCUGACACGUCCCGGCCAAUCUCCAGCAGACCCUCCCUCCC